CUAGCCGAUGUCAGUCCCGGAGCUGGCGCCGGUGGCUGGGCGCGCGGCGCGGCUGGCAGCCGCAGGUGGGGCUGCUCGCGGCGAGGGACCUAACUCGGGAGCCCCGGGGACCCAGAGCCCCGCGGAGAGUAUCCAGGAUGCCCCGCGGGGACUCGGAACAGGUGCGCUACUGCGCGCGCCUCUCCUACCUCUGGCUCAAGUUCUCGCUGGUCAUCUACUCCACGGUGUUCUGGCUGAUCGGGGCCCUGAUCCUGUCGGUGGGGAUCUAUGCAGAAGUUGAGCGGCAGAAAUAUAAAACCCUUGAAAGUGCCUUUCUGGCCCCAGCCAUCAUCCUCAUCCUUCUGGGGGUCAUCAUGUUCAUCGUGUCCUUCAUUGGCGUGUUGGCCUCCCUCCGCGACAACCUGUGCCUUCUCCAAGCGUUUAUGUAUAUCCUGGGGAUUUGCCUCAUAAUUGAGCUCAUUGGUGGUGUGGUGGCCCUGAUCUUCCGGAACCAGACCAUCGACUUUCUGAAUGACAACAUUCGAAGAGGAAUCGAGAACUACUAUGAUGACCUGGACUUCAAAAACAUCAUGGACUUUGUUCAGAAGGAGUUUAAGUGCUGUGGCGGGGAAGACUACCGGGAUUGGAGCAAAAACCAGUACCACGACUGCAACGCCCCCGGACCCCUGGCCUGCGGGGUGCCUUACACCUGCUGCGUCAGAAACACGACAGAAGUUGUCAACACCAUGUGCGGCUACAGAACUAUUGACAAGGAGCGCCUCAGCGUGCAAGAUGUCAUCUACGUGCGAGGCUGCACCAACGCCGUGCUCAUCUGGUUCAUGGACAACUACACCAUCAUGGCGGGCCUCCUGCUGGGCAUCCUGCUCCCCCAGUUCCUGGGGGUGCUGCUGACAGUCCUGUACAUCACCCGGGUAGAGGACAUCAUCAUGGAGCACUCUGUCACCGACGGGCUCUUGGGGCCUGGUGCGAAGGCCAGCGUGGAGGCGGCAGGCACAGGCUGCUGCAUGUGCUACCCCAGUUAGCGCCCCGGUCUGGGGCAGCGGCUCUACGCAUCAUCGUGGCCCGGCGGGACUGUGGGUCCUCUCCGCAGACUUGGCACUGACCAAAGCCCUGGCUGUGCCUGCUCGGACCUCCCACGGCCACCGCCUCCCUGGGGAGCAAAGCCCCCUCCCGGGGUCCCGUGUCUGCCCGCACUCCUAGGCGUGGAGAACAAGAGUGUCCCUUCUCCAGGAGUGGCCACGGGGGAAAGGGGGUGCUCAGCGCUCCGCUCAGGGCCCAUUGCGUUUCUGGCAGUGCCUUGGCCUGCGGUGUUUAUGCCCAUUUGAGGGCAAUUUUGUAGUAAUUUGUGAGCGAGGAGGAAGGAGAGCACGUGUGCCUGGAGGUGGAGGGGGGUGUGGCCCCCAGGCCCCGCCCCCAGCCCCACGGCCACACCCCCAAGGCCCGGUUGGGCCCAUUUAGCAGCCUCCCAGGAACCUUGAACCUGCCUAAGGCUGCUGCUUUGCUGACCCCGUUUUUUACGUGAUUUUUGUAACAUUCAUUUUGUACACAGUUAACAGGAGUUCCUGACUAAUCGAAGCUGGGUGGGUCCCCACACACCCCACUUUUCCCCCUCCAACCUAGUUUAUUAAUCAAACAAUAAAAAUGUGAUUUUUUUUUUUU